AUGUGUUGCCCAAGGAUUAGUGGCACAGGGAUCCCGUUUUGUAUAGCAACCAUAAGCGGAAUUUCCUCGUGCGAAAAACCACUAGAUGACCCGGUAAAGCGGACAUUGUUGUGGGUUGUCGCAGUGUUGUCAGUUGUCGGAAAUGUAACGGUUCUGGUGUUUCGUUUCGUGUUCGAAAGUGCUGUCAUAACAAAAAGUUAUCGACUGUUUGUUUCAAACCUUGGACUAUCCGACUUUAUUAUGGGUAUGUAUCUGCUUAUCAUAGCUGGGAGUGACCUUUAUUACCAAAACGAUUACGUCAUGUUUGAGUCAGAAUGGCGACACAGUACACUUUGCUCAGUUGCUGGUUUCCUAGCAACAUGGUCGAGUGAAACGUCAGCAAUGUUUGUGCUUCUCAUCACAAUAGAAAGGUAUUUGGCCGUAAGGUUCCCAUUCGGGACAUACAGAAUAACACGUGACCUGAAAUUUUUUUUACUUAUUUUAUCCUGGACAGUAGGUUUGGUCCUGUCUCUAGUGCCUGUUGUCUACCAAGACUGGGGCAUCUAUUCUUCUAAUGGAAUGUGUCUUGGUUUACCAAUGAAAAACCAUCGAGAAAAAGGAUUAAGGUAUUCUUUUUGUGCUUUCUUAGUUCUUCCUGGUAUUUUAUUUAUUCUAAUAGCCAUUGGGCAGAUGGCCAUAUUUCAGAACAUUUCUGGAGAGAAAACCAAUAAUCUUGUGAACAUCCAGAGUGCCGCUAAGCGCAGACGAGAGAUCACGGUCGCCAAAAAUCUCUCUCUGGUCGUCGUGUCUAAUUUUCUCUGCUGGUUUCCUCUGUUCGUGUUUGGAUUAUUGGCCACCAACGGUCACGAUCUAAGCCAUGAACUUUAUAGCUGGCUGGUAGUAUUUGUGCUGCCACUAAAUUCGGCCAUUAAUCCUGUUCUCUACACACUUCCUGUUAUCUACAAGCGGUGGGAGGAAUUUAAGAAUAGACAUGCAGUAAAAGAUACUUGA